CAACACCUUGAUCAAACCACUCCAUAAUCCCCGAGCCAUACAUUCCGUUGCCUCUGGGUCACCACAUGCGCGCAGUUGGUGAUCGCGCCACCCGUGAUAUGCACGCAGCUCCAUCGGUUCACAUCGGAGAGCCAACCUGCUGUACAUACGCAACAUCUCGAAUCACUCUUAACCCUUAGUCCCAUCUUCCUCUCUUAGGGGCCACAUUAUCCAGUUCUUAUUAUUAUGUCGAGCAACAAUACCGAGGAAGAGACGCCCACGGGAGCCAAAAGCGGUACUAUUGUUGUCGCUAUCGUCGUACCCUCAGUCUUGAUCAUCCUACUUCUUGGACUGAUCAUCAUGAACCGCCGCAGGGGCUCCAUUUUCCGACCAUGUAGCCGCGCCGAAUCUGGUAGCAAAGAGAAGCGCUGGAAAACGCGACAAGACGAGCUAGAAAGCCACAUCAAAUCUCAGAACUUCUAUGAUUGGCUCGCAAGUCAGAAAGAGAAGUCCGCUGUUACAUCACAACCACACGAUCCACUAUGCGCCAUCUGUCUGGACGACUUUUCCGACGAUGCGCAGGUUCGGGGCCUUCACUGCUCUCACGCCUUUCACUCACGUUGUCUGGACGAAUGGUUCAUAAGGUACAACGAAUACUGUCCAUUGUGUCAUCGACCGAUAAUACCGGGCUCUCGAUCGUCGAGGAGAAAAGCUCGUGAGAGACUGGAUCCGACCAUUCCAGUAGUCUUGAUGGUAUAGAUGCUGAGGUGGACAAGCUAAGAUGUGAUUACGACUCUGUUUGGUUGUUGAGUUUUCG